AUGUGGCCCAGGAGCUGGCACGUGGACGAGGCGUUCGUGCAGGCUGUGAAGGUGGUGCCCUACAGCGUGUUGGGCACCCAGCUCCGGCGAGACCAGUCGGUGGUGGCGGUAGGCGAUGCUCCCGAUGAACUGACGGCCGUGCUCGAUUCUGCCGGACAUGGGGUGUUAGUUGGAGGGCCGAAGGUGGCAGGCGGCGCGGCGAUGGCGAUAUACAAGUGGGCAGGCAUCGACGCCGACGUCGCCUACGCCGAGGACGUCAAGGCCGCCCUCCGUCACGCUGGCACCGCGAAGUACCACAGCUACGCCAGCAGGCAGGUCAUCCACGCUUUCGGACCCGAUCUGCGCGUCCUCGAGGCCGAGCACGUGGACGAGGCCCUACAGCAGCUGGCGGGGGCAUAUCGCGCGUCGCUGACCGAGUUUGCCGCCUCCGGGCUGCCUGCGCUGAGGCUGCUGCCGAUCUCUGGAGGCACUCGGGCCGGGCCCUUCGGCCCUCGCAUGCCCUGGCUGACCGCCGACGCGCUGAAGCUCGGGUUUGCGCGGCUCCCCGCGGAGCAGAGGCGGGCGGAGCUCUGCGUCUUCGCGGAGGCCGACGCCGACGCCUUCCGCGGCGCGCUGCGGGGCGUCGACGCGCGGCCGCCGGAGCGCGGCGCGGGCCACGGGCGCGGCGCGGACAGCUCGGACAGCGACGAGGGCCUGCCGUGGCACGCCAG